CACCGUGUCUUUCUCUCUGGGCUUGGCCCUAGGUCGAAUUGACAUGGCCAAACGCACCAAGAAGGUCGGCAUUGUCGGUAAAUAUGGGACCCGCUAUGGUGCCUCCCUCCGGAAAAUGGUGAAAAAAAUUGAAAUCAGCCAGCACGCCAAGUACACCUGCUCCUUCUGUGGCAAGACCAAGAUGAAGAGAAGGGCUGUAGGGAUCUGGCACUGUGGUUCCUGCAUGAAAACAGUGGCUGGUGGUGCCUGGACCUACAAUACCACUUCUGCGGUCACAGUCAAGUCGGCCAUCAGAAGACUGAAGGAAUUGAAAGACCAGUAAAAGCUAUGCUAUUUGAGACAUCCCUAGCCUAUAAUAAAUGGCUUAAUUUAUGUAA